AUGGCCGUCUUCACCAAGGUGGCAGCUCUGGCCGCCGUCGCCGGCGUCGCUGCCGCGGCCACGGUCAACUACGACUUCAACAUCACCUGGGUGACGGCCAACCCUGACGGUGCGUUCCCGCGCCCCGUCGUCGGCGUCAACGGCCAAUGGCCCAUCCCCAAGAUCGAGGCCGACAUUGGCGACCGCAUCGUCGUCAAGGUCAACAACCAGCUGGGCAACCAGACCACGUCGCUGCACUUUCACGGCCUGUUCAUGAACGGCACGAACCACAUGGACGGACCUGAUGGCGUGACUCAAUGCGCUAUCCCUCCGGGGCAGUCCAUGACAUACAACUUUACAAUCGACCAACCCGGCACGUACUGGUAUCACUCCCACACGCACGCCCAGUACCCCGACGGCCUUCGCGGACCCCUCAUCAUCCAUGACAAGGACUUCCCCUACAAGAAGGAGGUCGACCACGAGAUGGUCCUGACCCUCUCAGACUGGUACCACGACCAGAUGCAGGACCUCAUCCCCGCCUUCAUGAGCAAGAAGAACCCCACGGGCGCCGAGCCCGUCCCCAACGCCGCCCUCAUGAACGAGACGCAGAACCUGACGGUCCCCGUCGAGCCCGGCAAGACGUACCUCUUCCGCGUCAUCAACAUCGGCGCCUUUGCCGGCCAGUACCUGUGGAUCGAGGGCCACAAGAUGCGCAUCGUCGAGGUCGACGGCGUGUACACCCAGCAGGCCGAGGCCGACAGCGUGUACAUUUCCGCCGCCCAGCGCGUCAGCUUCCUCCUCACCACCAAGAACGACACGGGCGCCAACUUUCCCAUUGUGGCGAGCAUGGACACGACGCUGUUCGACCAGCUGCCCCCGGAGCUCAACUACAACAGCACCGGCUGGCUCACGUACGACGACGCCAAGCCCAAGCCCGACGCCGCCCUCGUCGACGAGUUCGACCCCUUCGACGACAUGACGCUCGUUCCCCACGACGAGAUGCCGCUCCUCCCGGAGCCGGACCAGGUCGUGCAGCUCGACGUCAUCAUGGACAACCUCGGCGACGGCGCCAACUACGCCUUCUUCAACAACAUCACCUACAAGGCCCCCAAGGUGCCCUCGCUCUACAGCGUGCUCUCCGCCGGCGACUUGGCCACCAACGCCGCCAUCUACGGCGAGUUCACGCACCCGUUCGUCCUCAAGAAGGGCGAGAUUGUGCAGAUUGUCGUCAAUAACCUCGACACGGGCCGCCACCCGUUUCACCUCCACGGGCAUGCCUUCCAGGCUAUCCACCGCUCGGAGGAGGAUGCCGGCACGUAUGAGGACCAGGGCGGGGAUCAGAACCAGACGUUUGCCAAGGCGCCGAUGCGUCGCGAUACGCUUGUCAUUUACCCGACGGGCAACAUUGUCUUGCGCUUCCGGGCCGACAACCCAGGCGUCUGGCUGUUCCACUGCCACAUCGAGUGGCACGUCGUCUCCGGCCUGAUGGCCACCUUCAUCGAGGCCCCCACCGAGCUGCAGAAGCAAAUCACCAUCCCCGAGGACCACCUCGCCGUGUGCAAGUCGGCCGGCCAGCCCACGGCCGGCAACGCCGCCGGGAACACGGCCGACCUCCUCGACCUCAGCGGCCAGAACGAGCCGCCCACCCCCCUGCCUGCCGGCUUCACUACCCGCGGCAUCGUCGCCCUCGUCUUCAGCUGCAUCGCCGGCAUCCUCGGCGUCUGCGUCGUCGCCUGGUACGGCUUCGUCCAGCCCGCCGACGAGGUGCCCCCCGAGGUGGCCCGCAUCGUCAGCGACUCGAGCGAUGUCGAUGCCGGGAACGCCAACGCUCCCAACGCUCAUGGAGACGAAGCCCUCGUCACGGCCGUGUCCGGUGGUGGCGGCGGCGGCCACCGAGCAACGUCUUGA